GGUUAUUGGAGGGAAGUCAAAGGGUUAUGGGACAAUAUUGAUCAGCAGCGAAUUGCAAUUGAUUACGAAUUUGCUUUCAAAAGGAUUAUUUCAUUUCUAUAUUGGACUCAGUCAAACUUGGAUUCUGUGACAGAUUUGGGAUUGUUGAAUGUUGAAAUGUUAAUGAUCUGUCGAAGCUCCCAGUGGCAUGAAACAGCGGCAACAAGAAAACGAUUCGAUGCGUGUAUGAGAGAAAUAUUCAUGAAAAUGACUGAUCUGAUUGCAAUACGUAAUUGGUGUGGUAUUUUACGCGAGAAAACUGUAUUCGAUGUUGCAAGAGUAAGAGCUCAACGACUUUCUGUGCUUGAUUUGGGAACAAUGGUUGUGAAGGUGAGUAUUAUUUUGUUUAUUCAUCAAAUACAUGACCUGUCGGUCAUCCCAGUUUGA